CGUGGGAAGGCCUGACAGGAGAAAAACCACACCUCCGGAAGUGACGAAGCACGCGGAGCCGGGAAGUGGGCCCUUAAGCAGCCGGAGGCGACCAAAAUGUCCAAAGUCACGUUCAAAGUCACGCUCACCUCCGACCCGCGGCUGCCUUACAAAGUACUGAGUGUGCCUGAAGUCACACCGUUCACGGCUGUCUUGAAAUUUGCUGCGGAAGAAUUCAAAGUCCCGGCAGCAACAAGCGCCAUCAUAACAAACGAUGGAAUAGGAAUAAAUCCUGCACAGACAGCUGGAAAUGUUUUCCUGAAGCACGGUUCCGAAUUGCGGCUUAUUCCCAGAGAUCGGGUUGGAGAGUGGUGACAGGCUUGAGAUCCCCUCUCAACUGGGCCAUAAACAGCAGACAAAGGGGCCACCAAGUGUCUCCAGUUACAACCCAGCUUCCCUUGCCAUCAAUCAGAGCAGUCUGCAUUUCUCUGCGAAACCAUGAUGCCAACAGCAAGCUCUUAUCAUGAAAAUGAUCACCUUGGAGAGACUCUGUUUCCUUCUUAAGAACUUCUCAAUUGAGUCCUGUGCUACAUUCCGGAAAUAUUUAUUCAUUUGAAGGCUCUGGUUGCUAAUCAGGUAGGAGGGAGUCAGUUGUAUCUGUGCUUAUUAUUGGGCCAGAAUGAUAUUAUUGUAUAUUUUCCAGCUGGCAUGAAUUUUGACAAGGAAUGUGUUUUAUCAGUGGGGUAAAUUAUUAUUUUUGUUCUAUAUGGCCCAGCCAAUUGAUACAAUUUUUUUUAAAGAUACACAGAUGGGGAAAGUGGUAGUGAUUACAGAAAUGGCAUUUCCGGGAAUGAGAGCUGUUUUGUGGCAUGUUAAUCUCAACUCACUGGCCUCAGUCUCACAGCUUUUGUUUGGGACAUUUCUUCUUUUCCUCAAAGUAUACCAAGUUGCAAGUAAAGUCUAGCAAAAGAUGGCAACCAAGGAUUCAACCUAAAUAUAUGUGGUUUUUGUCUGUUGUAACCAUCACUGUAUAAUUUAUCUGUUUUCUUAAACAGAAUAAAAUGUUCAUUCCCGCCAAA